AUGUCGAGGCUCACUCAUGUCAGCACUGAUGAGGGGCAUAUCGCUCCUAAUGCACAAUGGAGAGCUGAUGUGUCGACGUCGUGGGAUGUGCUUGGACCUUUUCCUAUCCAAGCCAGAGAGCAACACUUUUUGUCUCCCUCUUUUCCACUAGAUUUGUCCAGGACUAUAGAUUUCAACAGAACCUGGCCGUCUUCCUACGCUGACGGAGGAAACGUUUCGUGGAGUAAAUAUAACUCAGAUAACUAUGGAAAUAUCAAGGUUUCCUACCCUCGUAUCAGAUGGGAAAGCAUCCGCGCAACAGAAGGAUGGGCAGGUUUACAACAUCACAGCGUGUUGCGGACAACGAUCACCGUGUUCCCUCCAUCUCGUCGUGAAGUAUCACUCGCUCCUCCUCGUUUGCGUGUAGAGCUCUUACAAGGCUCGUACUUCGCGAUCGUGCCCAGCGCAAAGGACCGUGAUGACGAUUCACCCAAGAUAAUUCCAGAGUGGUAUUCUGGGAACAUAUAUGCGUUGGAGCGAUCUCCUCUUCAAACUGUGACCUUGCCAUUCCCGCCAUCAACAACCAGCCCAACAGAUUACGACGUAUACAUUAGUGGAGAUUACGAGAUAAGACUAUUCGGAGACCCAACAGCAUAUAAUAGCAAGAUUCCAAUUCUCAGCAUCAACUUCCAUGUCGAAAUCGAGCCUGCCAUCUCUUCGAUCGUUCGGGAACCAAUGCAAGACGUUGUAUGCGACUUUGUAGACGGAAUGGCAUUCGGUGAUGCUAUCGGUGUUGGACUGCGUAGCAUCGACGGCUGGUGGGCUGUUACCUCGGCCACUUUGAGGCAGCACCAAGAUAAACAACUCGAGCAAGAUAUUGUACUUAGCUUGAUACAAGUCGCUCAUAUAGCGCCCACGCAAACUGGCAUAAUUCCCAUUCACAUAUCCCAGACGAAAAAUACGAAGCUCACGGAACUCCCAAUUGAUCUCACCGUCGUCUCGGAAUCAACGUCCUUUGUGAUUUCGCUCACCUUACCUAUCAAACACCAUGUGCAAUGGACGCCAACUCAUUAUGAGGCUAUCAAAGCGACGUACUUCUUUGUGGAAUCCAUGCCUACUGCGUUCUUGGCUCUUCCCCCUAAGCAACCAAAUCUAGAUUCCGGAAGUGCACGCGCUCCAAUACUGGCUCUUCAUGGCGCGGGUGUUGAUAUCUUUGAACACACUUUCUGGCCGGACUCCUUGCCCCGCCAAGGUCAUAGUUGGAUUAUUAUGCCCACUGGCCGCACUUCUUGGGUAAAUUUAAGCAUCCUCGGCACAAAUCCGGGCCUUGAUUGGCAUGGUCCAAGUGCACAGGACGCGUGGGCGACGAUAAAUGCAUUGCACCAUAUCCUUUCAAGCAACGAGGGGUUGAAAGACUGGACUAUACCAAAUAACAUGAAAGUGGUGCUCAUCGGCCACUCGAAUGGCGGACAAGGGGCGUGGUUCCUCGCUUCUCGUUAUCCCGAUAGAGUAUUGGGAGUUGUGCCUGCUGCUGGGUAUAUCAAAUCGCAAGCAUCUGCACAUUAUAUCGAUCCCUCGUUGCGUUCUAUCCUCGAGUCAUCACUUACCCCUGAUGAUAAUGACCUCUUCUUGUCAAACCUUGUGGACACGCCAGUUUUGGCGAUACACGGUGGAAAUGACGAUAACGUUCCGACUUGGCACACGCGAGAAGCAGUGAGCGUGUUAAAAACAUGGAAGCCGUCAGCCAAUGUAACGUACCGCGAGGACGCAGGCCAACCACACUGGUAUCCUUCUAUCUUCAAAAACGACCAAGUCCGAGAUUUCUUAGAGUCUGCCGCAUCCAAAACAUCGCAGUAUCUUCGGCAUAUGCAAUCAUUCACCCUCACCGUUGCCAUUCCAGCCGAAAGUGGCUCCCUGCAUGGAUGGCAAAUACUUGGCCUACAAGUUCCUGGCCGAAUGGCCAGGUUACGUGUGACUGUAGUCGAGGGCGCUGUGCAACUGGAAGCUUCUAAUAUAGAGCUUAUGUCGGUUUCCCUGACUGAUAACCAUAUCACCGAGGUUCACGUUAAUGGGGGUUUAUUAACGGUCCCGCGUACCCUGAGUGAUAAAAUCUGGUUUCAUUACUCCUCAAACUCGUGGAAGAUCACCGAUACCGAUCCUGGUCGCCUUCAGCACUUUGGUCGCCUGCAGGCAUUAUUGAAUACUGCAGGUCACAUCAUCAUCAUCGUGCCCGUUAAACAAGCUUCGACAGAACUCUCGGUAGCCUUACGGAUUGCACAUGAUGUAAUGAAAUUUCACAAGCUCUCAGCUGAAAUUAUCUGCAGCUCCGAAGCAGUGGAAAGAUACGAGGAUGGACGUUUGGGGCGCGGCAACAUUGUUGUUGUUGGCGGUGCACAAUCUCCUUUUGUGAAGAAGUAUAUUGAAACCGUGGGCUGUAGCUUCAAAUUCAGUUCUGACUCCUGGGUGUUAACCGGUCAUAAGACAUUUAACAAAGCCUCUUCUGGUAUUCUAUUUACACAGCCGCAUCCAUCGCACAUAUCUGGAACCACCCUAUUCUUGAUGUCUACCGACCAUGAAGGUCUGGAAAGAGCAGCUCGUAUUUUGCCAAUACGCACUGGAAUUGCCGUACCUGAUUGGAUAGUCGCAGACAAGACUGCAGACCAAACUGGAGCAGCAGGUGUUCAAGGCGCAGGGUUAAAUUCGAACUCAUUGGUUUGGAACGAGCAUAUGUCAUGGGUUAAUUAA